GAACUUCAGUGUCUUGUGCUGCGGAUUUUUAAGCGAGCUUGCAAGCUUUGAAAUGGUCACGGCAUCGCGGAUGCAGAUUUGCCACGUCGCGUCGAUGGCAUCGGAAGUUGACAUUUUUUGCGAAUAAACCGACCGAUUAACUGCAGUGAGAUAAGAAAGAAGAAGAAGAAGAAGAAGCGGUUUUUCGAGAACGAUGAAAAUUGACUGAAGAAAGCCUGGCGUUGCUGAAAAUUCACACGGCAUAGCGAUGGACACUAGAACUGUCAGAUUGCUGCUUUUGCUGACUACGUGCGCCGCAGUGUCAGCUUUGUACUUUCCUCAGUCAGAUCUAUCCCUGAGGUUACCUUACCUAGCCAAAGGCGGGGGUAAAUUGAUCGGAAAUGUCAGCCUAGUCACGGUCAGGGCACUUAGGAAUGACUCUGUCGCUUCCACGGAUCUAAAGUACUUUAUCGCCUCGUCGUCCCACGAAUCACUGACCUUAAAUCCUUCCACCGGAGACCUGAAAUUAUCGAUCACGAAUAAUAGAGUUUCAGACUUUCCAAAGAUCGUAAUCGUGCAGGCAACGGCACGUGGAAGAUCAGACGCUGAACUGGAAAUUAAACUUCAGAGCAUUUCCUCGGAGGGAAAAAAAUUGAAUUGUACUCCCUACGUGAAGGACAUGUGCUUUUGGAACACUUCGAAGUACCGAAUAUACGAAAACAAACCUGCCACCAUGCUUGGCCGACUUGGACCAGAUGUUUAUGCCACGAUAUGUCCAGACUUUCAUGUAACGCGUUACGAGUUGCUAAACGGCACGAAAUAUUUUCGUAUAAUAAACAACAGCCUUCACGCUGAAGCUGCUCUCGACCGAGACACGUUACCGAAGCCAACUGGCCCUGGUCCUGGACCCCAUAUGGACCUUUUGGUAAGCUGCGUUGUUUGGGACGAGAAGACGGGCAACCAGCAUGUCUCGAACGCGACACUGAGCAUCGACAUCCUCGACGAGGACGACAAUCCUCCCGUUCCCCAAUUUCCUAGCUUUAAAGAGAUUCGACUCAAGGACUUCGUCGCGGGGGACAGGCUUGACGAGAACGACUUGAUCAUCCAAGAUGCGGAUACCAUGACCGUGAAUCAGUACAGCGUUCGGAUACUGGGAGACGUCGAUAACGCCCUCAAAAUCGACUACGAACCCUAUCUCGUUGACCAUCACACCAACCCUGCUUCCAUGGCCAUCUACACCAGGUUGUACGCGAAUACAACAUUGCUGCCCAGGUCACCGUACAAGGUUGUCCUGCAGAUGACCGACGAGAGCUUGCUACGGGGACGCGGCGAUAAAUCGGUGAACAUCACGCUGUCGUUUUACGGUUCCAUACGACAAGUUUCAUCAGCAACGACAUCUGUUCCCCUGCAGCAUCCGAUAUCAUACCCUAAAACCAUACGAGUAGCCCGUGGAGCCUCGCAAUAUUCUCGCAUUGCGGCACCCUCAGUUUCACCAAACGCGGCGGUGGUUUUCACCCUGCGAAAUACGAGGACCUUCAACAUUACCAGAAGCGGCGGCAUCGUCUACGUGGCCGACUCGACGGAAUUGAAAUCGGCACCGUCAUCGAUAACACUGAAAAUCGAGUGGCUUAACCGAAACGGCACAGUAUCAACAACCUCGCUAACAGUUCACCUGGUCAACGGAUCAGCCUGUAAUCGCACAUCGAUGGGAUUACAUUCCUGCGCCAAUGCCGAGACGGAGGAAAUUUGCGGAAGCAGCUGCGGCGUGGGCAGCGGAACGUUAACGAAUGGCAACUUCACCCCCGAAUGCAUCUGGCGAAAGAAUGACGCGAGUGCCGCCUCUAUGGUCAUGACUUCGCGGUACGAAACUUGUUCUCCGUCCUUUUCACACUGCCCAGACAAAACUUGCGACGCCCUUGAAGAACUCAACCCACGAAUUUGCCCCCAGGACUGCGUCAUCGAAUCCGACGUCCACUUUGCUCACAUUAACAAGGAAGGGAGAGGAAUCGACGUUGGAUUGGGUAUGUGCUCGUGCACUGACACGUUGCAAUGCACUUGCGGUCCCAGGACACCUCAGAAGAAGGAAAAUGGCCCGCAUGGAGGUCCUGGAUCCAACGGCAAGUCGAAGAAGGAUGGUAAAAGCCUGACCGGUGUUGCAGGACCGGAAAAAAUAGUUCCUGCCAGCUCCUGUGGACCCACAUGUCUUGUCGGCGUAAUCGGCGCGAGCCUCUUUGUUCUUAUCGUCGUCGCCGGAAUUUUCAUCACCUGGAGAUACCGAAUGGCAGUCAAAGGAUCGCGCCGAGAGUGCAAACAUGACGCCGAUGGCGGUGUUGGCGGUCUUAGCAUUCUACCCUCCGAUUACAUCGACCGCGGUGAUGGUCUUCUCAUCGGCCUGGACUCUCUAGCCACAGCCAAUCGAACACUGCUUUUGCCAAAAUCUUGUCCGCCGGAUCCCAAGUGGGAAUUUCCACGAGGCCAGCUGACCAUCGAACAGGUUCUUGGCGAAGGCGAAUUUGGUCGCGUCCUUCGAGCUCGAGCCAUUGACAUCGGCGGUUGGCCUGGACCGACGACUGUUGCCGUUAAGACACUGAAGGAAGGAGCAUGUGCUUCGGAACUAGCUGAUUUACUAUCCGAGUAUCAACUACUGAAGGAAGCACAGCAUCCAAACGUCAUCAGACUCCUCGGAGCUUGCACUUCUCCCGGGGGACCGGUCUACUUGAUCAUCGAAUUCGCCGAAUUCGGAUCUCUCAGAAAUUAUCUGAGACGAAGUCGGCACUUGGAGUCAGAGGGCAGAGCGCCCUGCUCUACGUCCCUGCUUUCGGCAUCCCCUGCUGUAACUCGAGAAGACAUCUCGACUGUUGACUCAAUGUGUAACUACGGCGUCACGCCACGUGAUAUUCUGUCAUUCGCAUGGCAGAUCAGCAAAGGCAUGGCUUACCUCACCGAUAUCAAGCUAGUACAUCGGGAUCUGGCAGCUCGAAACGUUCUUCUUGCAACCGGAAAGGUUUGCAAGAUCUCGGAUUUCGGGCUAACGCGAGAUGUCUACGAGGAUGACGCUUACCUUAAGCGAAGCAAGGGUCGAGUUCCCGUUAAGUGGAUGGCGCCUGAGUCACUCGCCGAUCACGUGUACACCAGUAAAUCGGACGUUUGGAGCUUCGGAGUACUUCUUUGGGAACUCGUGACUCUCGGGGCGUCGCCUUACCCCGGGGUGGAUGUCCAUAAUCUCUACAACCUGCUGAAGGCCGGUUACCGCAUGGAGAAGCCAGCCAACUGCUCUCACCAGUUGUACAAGCUGAUGGUGUCUUGUUGGCACGAAGAAGCGGGUAUGCGGCCUUCGUUCAAGGAGUUGACGUGCCACUGGGAGCGCAUGCUAGAGGAUGGCGUCGACUACUUGGACCUAAACCCAAGGACAGUUCACAACAGGGCCUACUUCACGUCCCUUCACGCAUUGGACAGUCCAACAAGUUCCGGAACCGACAAACUGGGCUAUGGCAACGUGAACAACGAAGUGAUGCGGACGGAUGUUAACUACUUGACGAAAACACCCGCCGAGGAGAUGACCAAGUGCGAUAAGGUCGACAAGCUUCAAGCUUUGUGGCAACAGCCCAUCGCCUCGUUUCCGGAAGAGCCGAUCAAGCCGCCGUACGUAAACGACAUCUCCAACAGGCCGAUGGCCCAGAACCAUUACGAGAGUCCCAUUAAACUGCGGAACGCAAGCGUAGCCAGUAGCACGGACAACACCCUUAAAACACCCCCGAAUGAACGGCCCCAAUCUUACAUCGAUAUGGACGGAAAGAAGGCGAAGGAGGGACAAGAGGACCUUCUGCUCUUCAACAGCGUGGAAAAGAGCAUUGAAAAAAUUGAAAAUGGAAUAGUUUUAAACGGGUUGAAUGGACUGAAUGGGCUACAGAAUGGUCGCGCCAUGUAGAACAUGUUGUGGACAGAUUUCAACUGGCUGUUACUAUGUGAUGGCGGAUUUAUACAUUUGAAUGAUGUACAUAGAGGAUCACAACUGUGAUUGAUGUAACACGAUUAUAUGAGGAUUAUUUAAAUACUUGUGAGAUCGAAAUAUAAUAGGGGGAUUGCAAACGGGUGACAAAAUUUCCGUGAAUUUAUUGGACCAAAGAAACGCGGUCAGGGUAAUCAUUUCCAUCGCCGUGGGUGGUUCGAUAAUUGAAAUUGAAAAAACGAAUUCAUGUACAUCCUACGACGAUUGCCCUGGUAUAUUACAUGCAUAUUAUAUACGAGUUUAUACUAUUAUUUAACAUACCAAAAGAUAGAUAUACCAAAUAAUUUCGUAUUUCAGCCUAUGAUGUAUUUUUAUCUAUAAUAGAAUACUGUUACACGUACUUCAAAGUGUCACGGAGUUGUUACAGUGCUGAAUUUGCAGUACUGUGUCAUCGCGGUGGGAGAUAUGUUAUGUAUAGUGUCUGUCGCGGUACAGACUAACCGCUGUUAUAGCGUUUUAAAAGUGAUUUAUAUGUUAGUUUUAUAUGUUUGCGUUAUGGGUCAACAUAGUUGCGGAUAUAUAAUGCAACUUUGCCUACGAUUGUUUGUCUACAAUAAUUAUUCCGAUAAUUAAGAGUGAUUAAAUCGAGCUGUUUCGUGUUUAGAUUGCGUUUUGUGAGGUUGACCGGUUUUUAUUUUCAUAUUUUAUUUCUUUUAUUACACUGAUUAUAUCUAACAAUAAGUAGGUACUGCGUGAGGUUAUGUUGAAUAGAAAAAACUUCAUAAUUCAACGAUUUACUUACAUCUUUAUAAUUAUUAUUUAUGUACAUACAAAUAUAUCUACGAUACUAUAUAUAUAUAUAUACAUAUAUUUAUAUAGAUAUACCGUGUACAACACCAAAGAAAAUCGUACAACAUUUCAGUUCAAUGGUACAAAAUUAUGUUCUAAGUUUUCUUUUAAAGUUUAGAUCUAGAUAAGAAAAAGGGGAAAGGGCCCGAUUCACCGGCAGUCCACUUUGCACGAGGAGAAAUAUUCCACUCGACGUUAUUCCACACAGCAUUAAUUUACAGGACAUUAUUCACCUCAGGUACUUCUACUAAGACGUCCUUGGAGAGAACGUCGUGUCGAACAACACCAGCAUCAAACAAAUAAAACCUGAGAGGAAUAAUUUCUUGUCGAAUAAUGCUGUGGGAGAUAAAAUCAUGUGCAAAGUGAUCUGAGGCAAAUCGAAAUGAGGCGAAAAAGUAUCCUGU